UUCUGUGACGGUAUAUCGAUAGGUUCGCGGUCACAACAUAACACAUUUUCCAUUUCAUUUGUUAAAAAUUUGAAUUAAACACAAAUAAUUGAGGAUGUCCCUGUCGCCGGCUAGUGGCAUCGGCCGCUUCUACAAGCACUCGGCCAAGAUCAUACGCUUCGUGCGUCUGGGCUGCACGAACCGGCCGUUCUACCACAUCGUCGUCAUGGAGCGCCGCAAGAACCAGCACCAGCCUGUGAUCGAGCAGGUCGGCUCCUACGAUCCCCUGCCCAACGACUUUAACGAGCGCCUGGUGGCCCUCAACACGGAGCGCAUCCGCUUCUGGCUCGGAAAGGGGGCCCACAUCUCCGACCCGGCUGCAGAGCUGCUGGGCGUCGCCGGUCUGCUGCCCAUCCACCCACGCACUUACAUGACUGCCUGGCGGAACCGUCGGAAGCUGGCCGAAGAGCAGGCGGAGGCAGCAGCAGCAGCGGGCCAGGCGGAGUCUGCUUCGGCAUCCGUAUGAGCGCCGAUAGAUCAAUAAUAAAAUCCUGUUUUCGAUUUA